UGUUGGGACAUGUACCAUGGUAAUGCCAUGGUUGUGUGGACAUGUGCACUUGUAAUACACUUUAAUCAAAUAUGUUGUCCGAUCAUCAUAAACAACAAGUAUCCUGGGUACAAUGUAAAUCAUUCUGUACCAUGCCAUUACCAUCUGAUGCCAUCACUAUUGUACAAUAAUACCACCACCUUCCUUUUGUAAUGGUAAAUUACGUUGUAAAAAUGCUUGAUUGUUUGGGGACAUUCUGUUUAUGUCACAUCAGUUUAAAUGGAUUUGUUAUGCAAAACGCGUUAUUUCCAAAUCUCGCUUUUGUCAAAAGGAUACGUGUCAUACGUGAGUUUCUUUCACUCCACAAACAUGUUUUGGAGCAGGGCACAUGUGUCUCAAGUGCAGCUGUUCACGCCCUACCCCUGCUACAUAAAAUUACCCCACCUCCUCAGAUGCCUCCUGCCCCAUACCCACGAGCUGUCCACGCGCCCUGGCCGGGUGCUCAUUGGCCCGAGUGGAAGUUCACAGCCCGUGUGUCCUAUGAGAGAGACGCCCGUGGGGCGAUCCACGGGCGCAUGUGAGUGUCCAGCGCUAGCUCACAUCAUCAGCAUAGCGGCGUGUUAACUAUAUAACCACCCACUCCCACACAGUGUUUACCGACAGAACAGAGUGACCACCAAAUUACAAAAACAUCCAAUAGAAAAUAAUAUAAUAACAUCAACACAUAUUGGUGAGCUUGAUGCGCAACUGAUUCCUUCAUUGACAUUUAAUAACACCUUAAAUAGUAUUAUUACAGAUUAGUAUUUGUUGAACUCGUUAAAUUAUUUAAAAAGCAAAAAAUGGGCGUGUUGACAAAGAAACCAAAGACCUUCAAGGUUCAGCUGAGUGACCCGAACAAGAGCGCGUACAGCGGCGGAGAUAAAGUGGCCGGGAGGGUGGUUGUGGAGGUGUUGGAGGUGAUUAGGGUCUCCGCCGUUAGACUAUUCGGUAUCGGAUGCGCUAAAGUCGAAUUUAGUAAAGGAAAGCUGCGCUGCAGGGAGGAAAUCGAGUAUCUGAAAUGUGAGGAGGUUCUUCACCUUGAUCAUCAACCCACAGAUGGCCCCAUCACUCUCAGGCCUGGAAACAGAUAUGAGUUCAUGUUCGGGUUCGAACUUCCACAGGCAGGGCACCUAGUUUCCACCUAUGCAGGAAAGUUUGGCUCAGUCCAGUACUAUGUGAAGGCGGUCAUAGAGAAAUCAGGCCAGCCAUAUGCGGAAUGCAAGCGGUAUUUUGAGGUGGAGGAACCCAUUGAUGUAAACACCCAAGAACUCAUGACUCCAGUUGCAGGAGCAAAAGUGAAGAAAGUCACCUGCAUGUUUAUUCCUGAUGGCAGCGUUUCCAUGGUUGCCCGCAUUGACCGGAAGGGUUACUGCGAAGGAGAGGACAUUUGCAUCGAUGCUAAAUUUGAGAACAACUGCUCUCGGAUUGUCAUUCCUAAAGCCGCCAUCAUAGCCAAGCACAUUUAUCUGGCGAACGGCCGCACCAAGGUGUUUUGCGAGAAACUCACUUCUGUCAGGGGCGACCACAUCAUCUCUGGCAUGUGUGACGUUUGGCAGGGGGAAGUCCUCCAUGUGCCCAAGUUGAAGCCCACUAUCUUGGGCUGUGACAUCAUCCACGUUGACUACACUUUGAGGAUCUCUUUGCAUAUUCCGGGCACCGAGAAGCUGAUCCUUGAACUGCCUCUGGUCAUCGGGACAGUCCCCUUUAACGGCCUGAAUAGUCGCACCAGCAGCAUGAGCAGCCAGGACGGCAGUGCCACCUCCAGCACCUGUGUUUCCAUCCCAUCUUCUCCUCCCAGUUACAGCGAGAUCUCCCAGGAUAACCACAUAGACAGUUCCUUUAUCCCUCUCCUGAAUGAUUAUGAUGAGGAUGACAGUCCAAUUUUCAUGCGUAUUAGCGAGUAUCAUCUCCCCCCUCCCCCGGCAUACACAGAGCAGAACUGAGACUGCGGUUCUCCACAAAGCAUUAAACUCCAGCAGAUGAACAAACACAGCUCCUGACAGCAAAAUUCAGAUGUCAGAAUGCAGAAUACCAGUGCUAGAGGACCAGGCACGCUUUACUUCUGAUUUGUGGAAUAUGAAAAGCAGUGGCAAACAAAGAAAUGUUUGAUUGCAAGUUGCUGAAUCUUUAAUGAGGUCGUCAGAAGCUGUUUUACUGAAUCAAAGGACAGUUGGACAAAUGUAAGAAUCCACCUCUUGAAAAUGACCAUUGACAUCUUUAUGUUUAUCACAAAGGAAUACUCAGCAUCUGAGAGAGUUAUUAGAUUUGUGUUAGAUUUUGCCAUAUUGGUAUAAAAUUCUGUCUGCUCCUAUUGACAUUUCAGAUUGGGGUUUUCUUAGUAAUGGUGCAAAAAAAAAAAAAAAAAACCUUCAGAUUAGAGAUAUUUGGAACAGAUAAUAUUUAUGUGAUGCACUUUUUGUGAAUGAAAACCAUUGUAUUUAAUAAUUACAUUGAACAUAGCACACCUUGAUAACAGUUUUGAUAUAUUCUUUGUCUAGUAUCACAAUUUCAAUCUAUCCUAGCAGACAAGUAUUUUUUUUAUUUUUUAUUUAAUAUAGAAAUCAAAAUAUAUAUUUGUAUAGUAUAUAGUAUAUACUGUAUAUAUUGUCAGAAUUAUAUAUGUAUUUAAUAAAUCAGGACUACUGUAAAUGUACCAACAUUUAGUUAAAUCACAUUCAAAUUUGAUUGUUAUUUGCAUUUUGUACUUUUAUUUUUUAUUUGAACCCAAUGGGUCACUUUUAGCCAUUAU